GGUGUUUUGAAGGUUAAUCAGUUUAUCGAAGUUCGUCCUGGUAUUGUUCUUAAAGACGAAAGUGGGAACAUCAAGUGCACACCCAUAUACUCGAGAAUAGUUUCAUUGUAUGCUGAGCAGAAUGAGCUGCAGUUUGCAGUUCCAGGAGGUUUAAUUGGUGUGGGCACAACCAUGGACCCAACUUUGACUCGUGCUGACAGGUUGGUCGGUCAAGUUCUUGGUGAGGUUGGAUCACUUCCAGAAGUUUUUGUCGAGCUUGAGGUAAACUUCUUCCUUCUGCGAAGACUUCUGGGUGUGAGGAUGAAGGGCUCAGAGAGGCAAGGAAGGGUCUCAAAGCUAACCAGGCAAGAGAUCCUAAUGUUGAACAUAGGGUCCAUGUCAACUGGGGCUCGCGUUGUUGCAGUAAGGAAUGAUUUAGCAAAGCUGCAACUGACCUCCCCCGUGUGCACCAGCAAGGGAGAGAAGAUUGCACUUAGUCGUCGAGUCGAGAAGCACUGGCGUCUAAUUGGAUGGGGUCAGAUUCAAGCCGGAACAACCCUGGAGGUCCCACCCUGCCCCAUUUGAAAGAUAUAAACAGGUAGACAGAAGCAGCAGAAAACCCAGCAAAAAGAGCAUACCAAAAGAGUUAACUUUGUUAAAAUGUGGCGAGGAAGACAAUUGCUUGGAACCAUUUUUGUCAGAUGGCAAAGAAAACAGUGUUUGUAUGGUUUUGAUACUAUGUGUAUGUUUCUUUUUCCUCCUCAAUUUUUAGUGCGCUUUACUUGUACCGGUUCCUUGUAUUUUGAUGUGAUGAAUUUAUUUCGACUAAAGCGCGGAAACAUUAAACAUUGCGCUUGUAUUUUGUUCAUGUUUGUUGACAUUAUUUCUGAAAUCCGAGGAUAUUUAGCCUGGAA